AUGGCAGGGACGGCAGAUAGUGAUUUAUCGAUCUCCGAGCUGAAGGCGGAGAUCGAGAGGCUUAGUCGAGAACUUGACCAAGCCAGCAGCGAAAAGAUUCAAUCGGCACAGCUGGGUCUGGUGCUGUUGGAAGAGAAAAGUGCCUUGCAGCUGCGAUGCGAUGAGCUUGAGAGUCUCUACGAAAACACGAAGCACGAACUGGACAUCACACAAGAGGCUUUAAUGAAACUAGAUACAACACAAAAAGUAACCACACAGAGUGGUAUAGAACAAGAAAAUGCCCUUCUUAACGAAUCUGCGGCUAUGGAAAGUUCUCUUACAUUACAAAUUAUUGAAUUGGAAGGAGAAACAAAACAGUUACGACACGAAUUAGAAAGAGUUGUGAGCGAACGAGAUAGAUUGUUGGCGGAAAGUUCUGAACUAGGAGCUGAUAAAGCCACGAGGGAAUCUGAGAGGGCGGCGUUGAGAGCUGAACUGAGAGAAGCGAGGCAGCGGGAACAGCGCUUGAUAGUUGAUAUAGGAGACUUAGAAGAUGAGAAUAUAUCGCUGCAAAAACAAGUCUCAGCGCUACGGUCGUCACAGGUAGAAUUCGAGGGUCUGAAACAUGAGGUUCGUCAAUUGCGUGAAGAAGCGGAGAAUGCACGCGCAGCAGCUGAUGAAACAGCAGCGCUGCGGCGCAUCGCGGAGAGGCAGCUGGCGGAAGCGCUUGAAGCGCUGCAAGCGGAACGUGAAGCCAAAUUCGCGGCCAAGAAGGAAUUAGACGCGCAUCUCAGCCGAGAGGCUCAGUUCAAUAUAACGAAUCUGGCUUACAGUAUACGAGGUAUGCCAGAAGAAGGUGCUGAUGAUGAAGUUGAGGCGGGCGCGUCCGGCGGGGAGCUGGCCGCGGACCAUCACGCGGACCUGUUCUCAGAGGUCCACCUGCACGAGAUAUCAAGACUCGAGAAACAACUGGAACAGGCGCAUAACGAAAACUCACAGUUGUCGUCAGCAUUACGGGCUGCGCAGACGAGCGCGGAGACAGAGAGCGCGGCCGCCGGCGUACUACGGGCGGGACUCGCCCGGCUACUGUCCAGGGUCGCGGCGCUACACACGCUACACGGAGACUGCGCUCCUCUGGAGGACGAUAAGGUCGAAGGUGGCGUGGCAGCUCGAGCGGCCAAAUGGUUGACGUGGUGGCGCGUGUCGGGCGGGGAGCUAGUGGCGCUAUUAGCGGCGCUCAAGGAACUUGACUCGCCGCUCGCGGACGGGUCGCCGGCCGCCUUACAACGAGCACAGCUCGCACAGCUCAGCGAUAGAAUGGCGGACGCUGAGAUAAGAUGCGCCGCGCUACAAGCUGACGCUGACCUGCUGAGGACACUCGCUGGAGGCGCCGGCCGCGCGUUGUCCUCCGCCGCGCCCGCGCUCGCGUCAGCCGCGGACACGCUGGCUCAGCUGUACCACCACGUGUGCGCGGUCAACGGCACUCAGCCCGAGCGACUGCUGUUGGAGCACGCCGGACAAAACGACGGCACAGACGGGUCCGGUCGUGUGGAUGAGGAGGCGUUGGCGCUGGCUGCGGGCGAGCUGGAGGGUCUGCGUGCGGCCGGGCUUGUGGCCAGACAUGCUGACACCUUGCUCGACCAGCUGACACACCUGAGAGCGGCUCUGGACACCGCGCUGGACUCCAGACAUAGACACCAACCAGUUAUGGAGAGCAGCGACCGCGGGGCGGAGCUAGGCGAGCUACAAGAACAAGUUAUCAAAUUGAAGUCUCUCCUGUCUACUAAGAGGGAGCAAAUCGCGACGCUAAGGACCGUUCUCAAGUCCAAUAAAAACACAGCAGAGGUCGCUCUCGCUAACCUCAAGUCGAAGUAUGAAACGGAGAAGACCAUCGUCACGGAAACCAUGUUGAAGCUGAGGAACGAACUACGGCUGCUCAAGGAAGACGCUGCUACGUUCUCCAGUCUCCGCGCCAUGUUCGCGGCCCGCUGUGAGGAGUACGUGACCCAAGUGGACGAGCUGACGCAGGCGCUGGCCGGCGCCGAAGACGAGAAAAAGACACUCAACCAACUAUUGAGACUCGCCGUGCAGCAGAAACUGUCGCUCACACAACGACUUGAAGAACUUGAGGUGGACCGCGAGAUGCGCACGCGCCGCGUCCCCAAGGCGGGCGGCGCAGCGCGCGCACGGCCGCGGGACUUCUAG